CAAUCCACUUGCCAGUGGAGUGUUUAAUGUUGUCAAUAACUACAUCAGAACCAGUAGGAGCUCAACCAACUACCAGGGAAUAUGGAUGCUCCUCAUUGAAUGGAGUGCAGCACGUCCUUACCCACAAGGAGUUUUUUCGGACCCAUUCUUUGACUUACAUAACACAUUUCAAGCUGUACUUACAACUGAUGGAACAGAGACCCAUGUCAUAUACAUAUACAAGUGUGGGGACAUUAUGUGGGACACUUAUCAUAGCACAUCUGUUGUUGGGUAUAAUAUUAGAGGAUUUUUCUUUGAGAAUAGUCUUGGAUCAGGGACACCAGGAGGACUAUUAAGAUUUGGCUGUGGAGAUAAUGCAGAUUUCACUAACAUACUCUACUCAUUCUCUUCUGAUAACAAUCCUGCUGAAGCUGCUUGCUUGGAAGCAUACAGAAAUGACCAAGAUCUUCGAGAAAUUGGAACAUUUGAAGCUUCUUUUGCACAUACCUGUCCCUGUUCAAUAAAUCAAGCAUGGUUUGACAGGAGAUUCCGCUUUCUUCAAUUUCACCGAGCCGAAAGAGUUGCAUGUUAUAUAAAUAGGUUUCCAUCUACAUACCAAAGCAUGUGCUGCUACGACUUUAAUUUUUUUAGAAACUCAUUUCGCGCUUUAAUCACCCAAGGACCUUUCUCCUCUCAUGUCUUCAGAUUUCACCCACAAUUUUCUCGUUCCAAUUAUUUAACUUUUGAUGAAAGAUUUCAUUCACUGUGUUGUAUAGUGUCUCAGAACUGUGAACUUUUUAGAGAACGUAGACCCAUUAAGACAUGCACUGGCUACAGGCCUCCUAUACGAUCUUGGUUCUGGGGUGAUCCUCAUAUUACAACACUUGAUGAAGGAUCAUAUACUUUCAAUGGGCUUGGAGAAUAUGUACUAUUGCGCACCAAUAGUGAGGAUUUUGAAGUACAGGCUCGUACAAAGUUAGCUGCACCAAACACAACAGCUACAGUUUUUAGUGCAAUAGCAGUUAGUGAUAGUAACAGGAGCUCCACAGUUGAGGUUAGAAUAGAUGAGAUGGAUCCUAAUGAAUUUGUUGUUUUAUAUAAUGGUAGUGACAUGUCUGCUAAUCUCACAUCAGUUAAUGAUACCUUGGAAUUCACCACAGUAACUGUAACAAGAGAAACAACUGAGCUGAUCUCCAUUGCCUUAUCAAGUGGUGUAGGAGUCAAUGUCACACUGAGAUUAGCAAUCCUCUCAGUUACAUUGAAUGUGCCACAGUCGUACAUGGGAAAUACAACAGGACUCCUAGGAAACUUUGACCAAGACAACACUAAUGACUUUACUAGUAGGAACGGAACUAUGAUAUCUUCCAAUUCAACUGAUGCCAAUAUUUUUAUGUUUGGACAAACAUGGCAAUUACUAAGCAAUGAAGAGAGCUUAUUCACAUACCUUAAUGGACAAAUUUAA